UCCGGUUGAUUUGAGUCACCGACUGGCCCCCAGCCUGAGCUAAGCUAACAGUUAGCCUCACAGCCAAAAUGGCGGACAACGAGGAUGACAGCGGUUCUAUCAGAACAAUAACAGCCGCCGAGCCGCCGGUGCCCGCGGCUCAGUCCCCUGUCGCCAACUGCACUCAGCCCGGGGAGAGUUUACCAUCAGCGUCCGCUGCAUACAUCACUCAGACCGGGGGGAAUGUUUCUGCAGCGGCCGCCGACCAAAGCGUUCAGCCCGGGGAGAGUUCACAGACCGUGUUCAGUGCAGAGAGCGGUCAGUGUGGGGAGAGUUUACCGUCAGGAUCCGGAGCUCAGCUGGCGGACUUCUUACAGAGCUGCCCGGAGGAACAGAGCAUACUUGUGGGCACAGAGUUCACAGGCCUGGGACCGGACCUGGUCAACACCACCAUCAUCUACGUGCAGCCGGACGGAACUCUGGUAGAGGGGUCCGGGCUGACGGCCGAGGAGCAGCAGGCUUUGCUGGACCAGCUCACCAAGCAGCAGAUCGUCCAGGUCUCUGACACCGAGGCCGCCCAGUUGCUCCAGCAAAGCCAGCUGGUUAAAACCAUCCCGGUCCACAACGCGGCCCUCGACCCGAGCCAGCUGCAGCAGGUUAUCAACCAGGUCACCAAGUCCCAGCAGCAUGUCCACAUUCAUGUCCCCCAGCAGCAGGUCCAUGUCCAGGUCCCCCAACAGACCCUGAAGCAGCAGGUCCACGUCCAGCAGGUCCAGGUUCCCCAGCAGGGUCUGAAGCAGCAGGUCCAGGUCCAGCAGGGUCUGAAGCAGCAGAAGCAGAUCCAGGUCCAGGUCCCUCAGCAGAAUCUAAAGACCACAACCCAGAACAAUGCUUCCCAGCAGCUGAAGAGUGUCGCCCAGCAAGUGGCCAUGCAGACCUGCAGCUCAGUCCAAGUGGUCCAGAAGAAGUCGGAGCCCGUCAGGAUCCAGAUCCAGGUUCCUCCCAAACAGGAAGUGAAGCCUGGCGCCGCCCUGCAGCAGAAGAGUGUAGCUGUCAAUCAUCCACAGGUGAAGCUGUCGGCUAAUGGCAGUGUGAGCAGUGCUCAGAUUAUCCACAUCCAGCCUGUGGUUGGUCAGCAGGGUCAGCAGUUCUUCCUGCAGCAGAGUGCGGGGGACCCACCCAUCCAGCUGCUGCUGCAGAGCCCCACCCCCGUUGUUGGAUCUCUUCUCCCAUUGGUCCACAAGCUGACGGGCCAGACGACAUCAACGGGAACCACCUCCGGUCCAGGUCAGAAAUCUGUAGCAUCCCCCAUCAGAGUCCAGACCCCCUCCACUGUUAAGACCACGGCCACCUCCAUCAUCAAGACACCACCCAGUUCUGCUGCUAAAACUGUUAGCGUCCCGCUAAUUAAAAAUCCCACUAAUGGCACGACAGCAGCCACCAGUAAGAGUUCUGUUAAACCACCUGCAGUGGUAGUCCCAGUCCAGACCACCACACCUGCCCGGCCUGCCACCGUGACCACGCCCCCUGCUGCUCUGCCCCCUGGACACCCAGGAGUGAAGGACAAAGAAAGAGAAAAAGAGAAAAAGAAGGUGAAAAAGAGGGAGAAGAAGACGGUGAAGGUCCAGACCAGAUCAGGUCGGGUCUCCAGACCACCAAAGUACAAAGCCAAAGACUACAAGUUCAUAAAGACGGAAGACCUGGCCGACAGCCACCAGUCUGACUCUGACGACUACUCCGACAUGAGCGUGGAGGAGGAGGAGGGAGAGGGUGGGAGGAACGAUGGUCCCUCCCCCGGCGCCUCCACCUCCCUCACCUACAGCCACAAGUCCCGGUCCCACCGCUGCCAGACCUGUGACAAGGCCUACAUUGGUCCAGGAGGCCUGAACCGGCACUAUAAAUUGAACCCGACGCACGGAGAUCCCGAUCCACCUGGCAGUCAGCCCGGCAACAUACCAGGCACACUAAGAGACAUCAGCCAACCACAGGAGACGACAGUCAGAGAGGAGGAGAAAAAGAAGGAGGACAAACCUGCUGCCAUGGCAACGAACAGAGUGGAGGGGGGUCCAGCAGCAGCUGUAGGACUCAGGGGCCUCCAUCACCGGGGCCCUGGACGGCCUCGGGGACGAGGAAGAGGCAGGGGCCGGGGACGGGGUCGGGGCCGGGGUCGAUCACUGGCUCCACCUCCUAAGGUGACGGUGGGCCUCGUCAGUAAGCGGGGUCGGCGCGGGCGACCUCCGAAGCUCAGUGUUACCACGGUAACAGCAGAGCAGCAUGCAGAGAGGAGACGAGACCGCUUGCAAGAGCUGGUGGAGCAGUGUGAGGAUGAGGAGCUGAUGGACAUCGUUCUUCCUCGUUUGACCAAAGUGUUGAGUCUUUGGGAUCUGCUGCUGGCAAAGGUGGAGCGCAGCGGUUCAGCUCGGACUCGGUUUCCGGACAUUUACCGUGAGUAUGAGUCCCUGCAGGUUCAGGUGAAACAGGCCGCUCAGGAUUACAUCAUCAGUCCACAGGGUGGAGCCACACCACUUGAGGUCAGAAACAUUGAGGUCGCCAGGUGUCUAGGGAUCCUGGAUGAGGUGAACAGGAUGAAGGUUGUUGCUGGAGCAUCUCCCAAUUGCAGUCUGACCAAUAAGAAUGUUCGAUACAUGGAGAAUUCCAAGAUGCUGCCGCCGUCAAAGAGAUUCAAGAUGGAGAACAGUGUUCCCGUUCAGCAGAACGGUAUCGAGACACACAGAACAAGUGGUUUGACAGUGACCCCCGUGACCUCUGUGACCCCCGUGACCUCUGUGACCCCUGUAAACUCGUCUCUAAAGUCCUGCUCAGUCUCUGUGUCUCCUUUGGUGAUUCCAGGUGGAUCAAAACUAUUGACCACCACCGCUGACUCUGCCUCCAGCUCUUCUGGCUUCACCUCUGCAAAGAUGACAUCCACCAAGGCUCCGCUCCCUGCCACACCUAUGGAGAUCACCCCAGGUGAAGAUCAGGGGGAGGGGCCUCCACAGACUGAAGUCCAAGUGGAGACUCUACCAGCAGGCCAGGACCAGGUCCUGAGCACCACUGACAUUGCAGCCCAGAUGAAGGAGCUGGAGAAAGCUCUGGGUUCAAGUCCUGAGGCUACCGCAGACACAAAGACACUUGAGUCUGGCUGCGUCCAGACAUCUGGAUCCACCACAAUCCAGACACUGGAGUCAAACACAGCCCAGGCUCUGGAGUCCAGCACAACCCAGACACCUGGAUCCACCACGAUCCAGACACUGGAGUCCAGCACAGCCCAGACUCUGGCCUCCUCCCAGCUUCAGCAGAGGGACUCAUCCCAGUCUGAUUCCACCACAGAUGCAUGUGAGGCCAAAGAGCUGCAAGAGGGACAGGAGAUCUACAUCCAGACUGAGGGGCUGACAGUCCAGCUGGCGGAGCCUGGUUCAGACCGGAUUGUCAUUGUCAAUGGGCCAGAUGGGACCACGAUGCACAUCCAGACUCCAGAGGGGGUCCCCCUGGAGGCAGUCCAGGCCUUGCUGGGCAUUGAGGCGUCAGACGGAGCCAAAACUCCUCAUUAAACUCUGAACAGGAUCCAGACUGAUCUGGACUGAGUAGAACCAGAAACUGACCUGAACCACUGACAGUGAGAGUCUGGAUGUUUAAGGUAGUAUUCAUAAGGUGGUAUGACCUCCCAGGUGCUGUCAAUGGACAAUACCUUAAGCUGAGAGUCUUACAUGUCCGCACAGGUGAACAUCAACAAAGAAUUGACAAACACCUGGAUCCGUGAAACAACUGGACCUGCAACAGUCCUAAAAGACAAGUCAACGAACAGGCAUCAUAAACACACCUGUCAGUCUGACCAAUUAGCAACUCAUGUUUCUUGCAGCGCCCCUGAGGACAAAGUGGGUGUAAAGAGUACCCUGUAGCUAACAGGUCUUCAGACUGCUGGUUUGUGGCUUCAGGUGUUUCUGUUGGUUCUGCUGUUUCAUAUUAGCACUUGAGGACAAACGGGAUGAACUGUUCCUUUAAUAUCAACCUGUUCUGGUCGGACACUGUCUGUGACAUCAGACUGAACUUUGCAACAAGUUGAAGAUCUUCCAACAAACACCUGAAGUUUUUUUUCCUAAAAUAUCAAAUUCUGUUCAGAAACCAGAAGGCUGCAAUCUGUAGUCGACGUUCAGCUCUUCAUAUUUAAUGUUUAAACGCUAUUACCCUGAGAGAAAUGAUCAAACUGUGAACGUGAACCUGAACAGGUGAGGACACAGUAAACCUGAUCAAUGAAUCCUGACCUCAGGUAAACAGAUUAAACAUCUAAAUAUGAGCUGCAUCACUUAUGAUCAGUUUGUGGUUUAUAUAAUACAAACUAGUGUCCCCUCUGGGCUGCCGUACUUAUUGUCUCAGUUCAUCUUGAUGUUUGAUUGGUUCAUUCAGUUCUCACCUUUGAUGAUGUCAUCGGCGGCUUGACAGGAGGUACCUGAUCUUCCUGCUGGUUUUUAAGGAAUCUGGAGUGAUUGUAAAUUUGUAAACUUUUUUUUCUCCAGUGGUUCCAUAUUUGGACUUGUUCGUUUAAAAAUAGAACCCGAUUAGUUGGCUGUUUAUAUGUAGAUAAAUAUGAAAACAAAGUUUAAAAAAGGUU